AUGGCGCCACCUGCUUGGGCCGGCGAGUCCUCGUCCAGCAUAGCCUUCUCCACCAACCCGCGCGACUCUCGUGUCGUCAGCAUCUACGACAAGUACUUAUACGAUCCCAAAGACCUCGAGUCCUCCGACCCUCGCCGCCGUGAACUCGCUCGCAAGGCGAGUCAGCUCAAGCUUCACGGCCGUCCCGUCAAUGCUCUCGACGCAAACGGCCUCCGGUCCGUAGACAGUGCCAACUCGCGCUCCCCACAACGCAAGAGCAUCGCCUUCUCCCACAACACAAAGCUCGCAGAUGGUCGCACCGCUGCUUCCGCCACCGCCCCUUCCAACGGCACCAGACAGCACCCUCAGCCAUCCUACCACGCUUCCGCAUCCUCGGAACGCUUCGACGAAAGCCACGAUCGAGACUCGGGCGCUUUUGGUCUCGGUUUAGGCAUGUUGGGCGGAAGCGACUCCGAAUCCGAUUCCGACAGCGACGACGAGAGGCGAAAGGCGCCAAGGAACAAGGCGCUCGAUCAGCUCAAACACAGCGCCGAACUCACUCGCUCCGACAGCUGGACUGAUCGCGCAGUAGCAGUCGGCCAUCGCCCUCCCGACAACGCCUCCCAAAACCCGCCCUCGCUCAAACUCAUGGCGCUCAAGUCGGCAAAGAAUGGCGGCGACGCAUCGCGCACCUCCCAAGACGACCGCCGCAGCAGACUCACGGCGCAGGACAACUUGGUCGAUCGCACCUCUCGACACGGCAGCACGAUCGGCUUCGGCGGCUCUCACAUCGACGACCACCCAGACCCUCGAGCACAAGCCAAUCAGCCGCCCUCCAAGCAUCUCAGCGCCCGCGCCGCUUUGACCAAGCAGCUCGGUCUCGCAUCCCCCAACCCAGAGGCAAAUGGCCACGCACAUCCCAACAGAGGGCCCUCUCCCGCCCACUCGUCCGGUCCGCACGACUAUUUCGAUAAUCGCGCUCCCAACGUCACACAGCCUCGUCCAAACCAGCGAAGCGCUGGUCCGCCUCCCAUCGACGUUGCCCGCGCUCAGAACGGCCUCGGAGGCCGUCCACAAGACGUUCGAGGCGCUCCUUCGCCUAUGGGCUCACAUCACGGUUCCGUCUCGACUCCCACCAGCGCAACACCUCUUCGAUCGCCAGGUUACAGCGCACACGGCAUGCCGUCGCCCAACCAUCCCAAUGCCGGGGUAGCCCCACCGCCCAACGUGCUUCAGCGAGGCCCACCUUCACCUUACGACCAACGCGGGGGUCCUGUGGGCCCUGGCGGCCCUGGCGGCCCCGGUGGCCCCCCUCAAUACGGCCCGCGCGAUGGCAACCCACGUGCGGGCCCCGGCCCCGGUCCCGGCCCCGGUGCUGGCCCACCGCACCCUUCGUCGCUCCAGGCUGGCAACCAUGCGCGACCGCCUCCGGGCCAGUAUCCGCGACAGGCUGGUCCCCCAGGCCCCAAUCAAUCCUUUUCUGACGCACCCGGCCCGUCCAAGCGCCAGUCGCUCUUCCGCCGUUCCAUGGCCAUGCUUGGCGGAGGGCCCCAGGCGGGUCCUGCCGGCUAUGGUCAGCAACGUGGCGGGCCGCCGCAAAAACGCCAAUCGCUCUUCCGACGCAGCAUGGCCAUGCUCACGGGCAACAACGCUGGGCCCGCGCCCCAGCAGCGUGGGCCGCAGAUGCCCGUGCCCGCACCGGCGCGCGCUCCCGCCGCACCGCGCGUCCAGGGCUUGCAGAACGACUUUGAAAAGCCGGACCACCCGCGCAAGUCGCAGUUCCUCGGCGCCGGCGGCGAGGGUGCCGAGUGGGACACCAACGGCGAAGGUGCCAAGUUCUGGCGCCGCUUCUCCAUGGCUCAGAAGACCGCCGGCACGCACAAGGUCGAGGACGGCAGCCGCGCCUGGAUGGCGUCCAUGGCGAGCGGCAGGCGCAAGCUCAUCGUCAUGGGCUUCAUUGCGCUCGUGACGCUGGUGGGCAUCAUCGUGGGUGUGAUUGUGUGGCGCGAGAUCGUGUCGCCGUCGGGAUCGACGUCGGACGAGCCUACGGCGGUGUACAAGGCGAACCUGGGCGCCAAGGACAACCCGGCGGGCACCACCACCAAAGCAGCCACGUCCACCUCGCGAAACGCAAAGGCGACGGCCACAGCGAGCUCGAGCUCGAGCUACUACAACCGCGCACUGGCCGACGGACCGAGCGACGAGGGCUCGAAUCUGCAUGUGCGACGUGCGCUUGCCCACGAGCUCGUCACACCCCGACGCAGGAGACGCCACUUUGGUCAGUCGGCGCCGGUGCAGCCUGUCAACAGCCAGCGCUCGCUCGCCGAGCUCGACUGA